GUGUGGUUGUAACGGUGAGGUAAAACUGUUUUUAAACCCCUGGGGCCUCAGCCAGCGGAGCAUCCAGCUCAUACCUCCAGUUCAAACAUCGUCUCCAGGGAAGGCGGAGCAGCAAGCCGAUCAGAAUGCUGCCGUUUUGUGUUCUCCGGCACGGCAGAGGUGACAGUUAAGUGAAUCAUGUAUCGUUCAGAGCAGCCGGCGAAACUCGCCAUGCCCAUUCUUAUCCUAUUGCCAUUGCUGCUGCUGUGCUGUGGAGUUGGAAACGUCCACUGCUCAAAGGUUCAUGACAGCAGCAUCGAUCUGCAGUCACUGCUCGACUUCAAGCAGGGCAUCACCAACGAUCCGAAUGGAGCCUUGAAAAAUUGGACCACGAGGUUCCACUUCUGUCACUGGAAUGGUGUCCAGUGCACCUUGGAGCAACCAUGGCGCGUCUGGGGGCUCCAACUGCCAAGCCAAAGUUUGUCAGGCCAAAUCAGCUCCUCUCUUGGCAACCUUACUUUCCUUAAUUGCCUUUACCUCUCCUACAACAACUUUGUUGGUCCCUUACCUCUUCUUGGCCGCCUCCAACAACUGCAAAUUCUUUAUUUGGACUACAACAGUUUGUCUGGGAUAAUUCCUGAUGCACUUACAAACUGCUCCAGCUUGACCGCCAUAGAUUUAUCUUCAAACUUACUAGUGGGUUCAAUUCCUCCGAAAUUAGGCCUGCUAUCCAAUCUAGGAUAUCUCAAUUUGGAGUCAAAUCAACUGAAUGGAAGCAUUCCUGGUGAGCUUGGCCAAUUAAAGUUCAAUACCUUAAGGCUUGGAGACAAUAGGCUUUCAGGUGAAAUCCCACAAGCCUUCUUUCGUCUUUCUUCUCUACAAUAUCUAAGUCUAGAGCUCAAUAUGCUAGGCAAGGCAUUGCCACCUAAUAUAGGAGAACUUCUCCCUAAUCUCAAAGAGCUUACGUUGGAACACAACAAGUUCGGAGGUUUUAUUCCAGAUUCGCUUGGCAAUAAUGCUCUGGGGCUAAACAUACUAGAUUUAUCAUAUAAUAAUUUCACAGGGAGAAUUCCUCCCUCUUUGGGAAAACUUUCAAAUUUGACUUUCCUAAGCCUUCAGGUUAACCAGCUUGUAGCAAGUAACAACCAGGACUGGGAGUUUCUUAAUGCAUUAAGGAACUGUAGAUCCCUUGAGGUACUCUCUCUCUCUAACAAUGAGCUGCAGGGAUCUCUUCCAAAGUCAAUUGGUAACCUACCGACCAGCCUUCAACAGCUUCUAUUGGGUGGAAACAGCUUGUCUGGGCAAGUUCCACAGAGUAUAGGGAAACUUAGUGCCUUAAUUAAGCUUGGACUUGAUAAGAAUAACUUUAGUGGUACAAUUGCAGGAUGGGUUGAAAAUUUAAAAAGACUAGGAAAACUAUAUCUGCAAUCGAACAACUUCACUGGGCCAAUCCCAUCCUCUAUUAGCAAUCUUACUCAGCUGACAUUACUUAAUUUAACUAAAAAUGGAUUUGAAGGCCCCAUACCAGCCGCAUUAGGAAAUCUUCCUCUCCUCCAACAGCUGGACCUUAGCUAUAACAAUCUUGAAGGAUAUAUACCACAAAACUUUGGAAACAUUCAAGGACUCAUACUGUUGAACCUUAACCACAACAACCUUCACGGUGACAUACCAGAUAGCCUUGGAACUCUUCAACACCUCCAAAAAUUGGACCUUAGCUAUAACAACCUUCAAGGGUAUAUACCAUAAACCUUGGGAAACCUUGAACAACUCAUAUUAUUCGACCUUAGCCACAACAGUCUAAAAGGUGACAUAACUUUAGAUAUUAGCAAAUCUAAGCAGCUCGCAGACCUACGUUUUUCAUCAAACAAGCUUAGUGGAGAAAUCCCAGAUACUUUUGGCAACUGUCAACAAUUAGAAACCCUCCUAAUGGACCAAAAUCACCUCACAGGAAACAUUCCAGCCUCUUUCAAGGAUCUUCUGAGCUUAAAAACACUAAAUCUUUCACAUAAUAACUUGUCGGGCACCAUUCCCACCAUUUUGAAGGAUCUAUCACUUCUCAAUAAGCUAGAUCUUUCAUACAAUCAUCUCCAAGGAGAAAUACCAAUCAGUGGAGUAUUUGCAAAUGCAACAGCUGUUUCACACAAUGGCAACUGGGGGCUCUGCAGAGGAGCGAUGGAUCUCCAUAUGCCUGCAUGCCCUGCAGUUUCUCGGGUAAUAGAAUGGAAACACUAUUUGACUAUCUUACUGAUCCUCACAUUUGGCUUCAUGUCACUCGGGAUGUCAAUUUACGUCAUAUUCAUUGGGAAGAAGGCACCAAGAAGACCAUACUUAUUAUUGCUUUCUUUUGGUAAGAAAUUCCCAAGAGUUUCUUACAAGGAUCUAGCCCAAGGUAUAGAGAACUUCUCAGAGCUCAACCUAGUUUGAAGAGGAAGCUAUGGUUCAGUAUACAAAGGGAAGUUAACACAAGCUAAAAUCGAAGUUGUCAUUAAGAUCUUUGACCUUGAGACAAGAUUCGCGGCCACAAGUUUUAUUUCUGAAUGUGAGUCUUUGAGAACCAAUCGGCAUCGAAAUCUUCUUCCUAUAAUAAC